UGCUUGAAACCUCGCCCCGAUCCACAACCCGCCCACUCCACGCCCUCUUCUGCCUCUAGCCUCUCCCGACGACCUAACCCUUCAGGAGUUUGGCACUGGCGCCAUAUCGCUCCGCUGCCGUUCCUGGAAGUCACGGAAAGGUGACCAUCGUGCUGACCUUGCACCUCCUCAAGACCUCGACACCUCUACAUCAACAGCCUCCGCCAAAACGUCUUCUUCCCUGACGACGACGACGACACCCUCGCUACAUGGUCCUUCGAGUAGUCGCCGCACACUCGCUCCUCCCACCACCACCACCACCUCCUCCCCCUCUUACAUCUCUCGUAACGUACGCAACAGUAGCUUGAAAACGCGCAUCGACGGAAACCAUCAGUCGACGCCGAGCCCCUCCCCUUCUCCCCGAGGCGCCCCUAAGAUGGUCCAGACCAUCCGAACAGUGCCCAGCUUCGAAGCCGCGAGCGACACGAGCUCCGACGCACCCUCACACACUUCCGCAUUCUCCAGUUCCGUAAACAGUAACGCCAGCGCAGUCAGCAUGGCUUCGAAUCACCAAGAGAGGACGCCAGGCGUCAAGUUAAAACACGACUGGCCCCACGGCGGCAACGACAACACCAUCAAAAUAGACUCAGCAAGAAGGGAAGAGACGCCGCCCGUUGACGAUGAAAACGCCGUCCCCGCACCCGAAGGGCAAGGCCCAGGCUGGGACUCAACCAUUGGCAAGGCGGGUCUGGGAAAGACGGGACGAGUCAUCAACAAGCUCGUCAGCGACAACGAAUCCUUGAAGCGUGACAUCCAGAUCGAACGGUUACGGGCCGAGGAGGCCAAGCAGGCCGCCAAGCUGGUCGAGGACAAGAUGGAGCGCAUCAUCAGCGACUACGAGAGCCGCCUCCUCGAAGCGAGCGUCACCAAGACGCUCCUCAGCCGCAAGGAACGCCAGGUCGAGACCCUCCACGCCAACGUGGAACUAGAAAAGAAGCGCACGGCAGACGCCAAAGAAAAGGAACACCUGUGGCGCUCCGAGAUGGAAAAGAUGCGCGCCAGCUCGACGAAGCAGGUCGAGGACGCAAACACCCACGCCGCGCUCAUGGAGGGUCGGUACAACGCCAUCAGCUCGCACUGGAAGGACCAGGGCGACGAGGUGCAGCGCGCGCACCUGAAGCUGCGGUCCGAGAUCGCGGGCGUCGUCGAGGAGCGGCGGCGCGACGACGAAAAGAUUGCGGCGCUGCGGGACCUGUGUGAUCAGCAGGACGGCAACAUCAAGGAGCUGAGACGGCAAAAAGAGGAGAUUCAGAACAAGUUUGACGAGUACAAGGCGCAGCAGGAGUUCUUGCUCAAGGAUAUCAAGGCUGGCGUCGCCGGGCGGGAUGCCGAGCAGGAGAGGUUGCUCGAAGAGACGAGGUCGACGUUGGCGAAGCUGAAGUGGGCGCUCAACGUGAAAGAAAACGUCAAGGAUCUGCUGCAAUGAUUUGCUGCUGUCGCAAUCAGCUCGAAGCAAACACGAGGAAUGUGCGAAAGCCAUUCGAACGGCGCUUCAUCAUCACGAUACAGCCUCGCCGACCCAAAAAUGCAGGAAAGCGUACUAUAUCCGGCAAGUUACGACUAAGACCUUAACCUUGACUAUCGAACCCGCCAUCGCUAGCCGACUUGCUCUACUUGGACACCUCGGCAAUCUACCAGGCGUAAGCGCGAUGGGUCACCAAACAAUACACAGGCCACGACAAACCACACAAAG